AUGGUAGGCAUGUCAAACUCGCGCUCACACCCAGCACAAGUAGUCGCAAAACGCCGAUCUACCUUGCUGCUGGUACACACAUCAUCCAGAGACAUCGACAUGUACCACUAUCUUCGAAAGCUGCGAACUGGAAGAUAUGAGAGACAGCCGGUCCACUUUGUAUUCCCUCCACCGCCUCUGCCCUGGUCUCCAGGCAAUCCUGAUUCCAACACUCUGGAACUAGUAGACUAUUUUGCCAAUGUAUCUUACUCGACGCUGUCAAUUUUAGGGGUCGAUCCUGGUCGUCUGCGAGAUCUUCUGCUUCGUAUGACUAUUUCUAGCAACACACUCCCCACCUUCGCGCUCAAAUCAUCACUGCUGGCCGUAUCCUCACUGCAUCGUGACGGUCUGCGGGAUUUGGCUCUCCGGUAUAAGAUCGCUGCCAUCAACGCCCUGGCGGAAUCAGCCAAAUCCGGACACCCAGAUGCUCUGGAGUCCGCACAACAUGCUGCUACCUGCAUGCUUUUGGCCACUUUUGAGACCCAGCACCACUCCGAGUCUUCAGGCCAAUGGGUGCUUUAUGUUGACGGUGCCAAGCGCAUCGUCCAAACCACAGGUCUUGACAAACGAUCAGAUCAAGCUGAGCUCAAUCCUGUUCUAGAUUGGAUUUACUAUUUGGACAUUAUGUCAUGGUUUGUCAUACGGCAUUGGCGCCACCCUUCCACAUUACCACAUUCCACUGCAGAUGAGAUUGCCCUGUGUCGUGGGAAAUCUCCCUUAUUACUGAAUCGCACUACCUCAAUUCGGACAGUUUUGGGACCUAUUGCUGCUGUAUGCGAUAUUCUCGUUCAGCCCCAUGAUCCCCGAGCUCAGGCUGCCGAGUACCAAAGUAAACUCCGCUCACUAGAGAGUAUACUUAUCAACAACCCCGUACCUAAGGCCGCUGUAUCAGAGUCAGAUGAGGGAGAAGACAUUAUAGCAGAGCUUUAUUACCUUGCAACUCUCGUCUACCUUUUUAAUGGAUCAGCAAGUUCUUGUAGUCUAGACCAUCAGGUCGAUGGCUUGAUCGACCGCGGAUUUCACCUCAUCAGAAAGCUCAGCACAUGCGAGCGAUCUUUCCCGCUCCUGAUACUUGGUUCUGAAGCACGCAAUGAUGAGGAACGAAUGCUCUUACUAGAACUUAUCCACAAGACUGGGGCAAAACACAACGACAGCAGCCUCAUGCGUAUAAAAGCGGGCCUUGAAAUGGUGUGGUCACAGCGAGACCUUGAAGCUGAUGAAGAUGAAUACAGCGACCUAAGCUACCUCCACAGACUAGACACUGUCAUCAGCUCUGCAUGUACGUUGCCAUUCUUUUCGUGA